ACGUCACUAACAAAAAAUUGCGUUCAUCAAACAAAAACAUCAGCUCCGCCAGGAAAUCGUAAAUCUUUUCGUCGUCAAACUUUCACUCCAUGGUUCCGGCGUAAUUCCCCAAAGAUGGACAUUCCGGCCCACUCGUGCCGGCUGUGUCUGGCGGCCAACGUACCCACCCUACCAAUCUACCAGCAGCUCAGCCUGGCGGAAAUCACCGAACUGCUGCAGGACGCCCUCGGCAUUCAGAUUGCCGACUCGGAAGAGUUUACAAACAUUUGCAACAACUGUGAAAUGAAGACGAAAUGGAUUCAAAGCAUUUGGGCCGAGUUCCGGCAGUCGGACAAGGUCUUCCGGACGUUUCUGGACCAACGUCGUGCCUCUCAGGGCCAUCCGCUGAUCGAGGAAUCUAAGGACACCAUCAACAUCGUUUCGGUGAUGCCGCUGGAACCGGUCGUAACGGCAGAACAGAAACCACAAGCCAUCGGAGUGGUGCUGCUCCAAGAGGGGCAUGGACAGGAGGACAAGUAUUACAGCAGCGACGACGAAGACGAGGACGACGACCACGAUCCGGACGUUUCGUUCCCCGAUAAGGACGAAGCCCGGGACAGCUCCAGCGAAGAAGAGGAGAAACCCUCCACUUCGAAACUGUUGUCAUGCUAUAUUUGUAAGGGAUUUACUGGGUCGGAUCGUUCGCUGGCGAUCCACCUGAAGGAGCAGCACGGAACGCUUUCGCCGUACUAUUGCGACCGGUGUCUGAUUGGUUUGGAAGAUAUGGUUGCCAUAAAUCAUCACUAUCAAACGCACGAGUUCCCGUUCGGUUGCUUAUUCUGCGAGCAAAUGUUCGUAACGCAGACGGAACUCGAGGAACACACCAGAAUCUGCACCGGAUACGGUUGUGCGCAUUGUUCAACUCAGUUCCAGUUUCUUCACCAGCUGAAGGAGCACAAAUGUGGCGCAAGCAAAUCCGUUCGAAUGCGAGCCGUUUCCAACAUGAUCGAGUGUCGUCGCAGCCAAAUUCGCUUUAUUCCACAAGUCUGUGGGAUGUGCAACGAAGACAUGGGCAAAAAUCACCGACUCGCGCAACACUUUGAACGAGAACACGUCAACUUCCCCCUCCAACUUUACCCCUGUGAUCUCUGCCCACAGAAAUUCACCCUCCUCAUGGCGGCACGACUGCAUCGCUUCACCCACAAAAAGGACGCGCCUCCAAAGCAGCGCAAAAUCCCCGUAGUAGAACGCAACGACUGUAUGGUUUGCUUGCAGUCGUUCAAAUUCAACAAGGAACUGAUUGCCCACAUGGAAGCGGAACACGCCGACGCCGCACCCGAGUUCCACCAGUGUCUCAAGUGCGACAAAAAGUUCACCUCGGAAUCGAAACUCCAGAAGCACGACUACAACACCCACCAGGGCAAGCAGCCGCAGUUCUUCUGCUCCUUUUGCGGCCGAGUGUUCAACAAAAAGCUCGGACUACGCGACCACGAGAAUCUCCACCGGGGCAUCCGGGAGUACAACUGCCAGGAGUGCAACAAGGACUUUACCUACAAGAGCACGUACGAUCGCCACAUGCAGGUGGUUCAUAGUGAUGCCAAGCAGUUCACCUGCGAGUACUGCCAUAAAAGCUUCAAGCGUAAACCAACGCUCAAGGUGCAUCUUCGACUUCAUACUGGCGAAAAGCCAUACCAGUGCGAGUAUUGCAGCCGGUGCUUCGUCGAUCCGAGUUCGUUCCACAAGCACAAGUCGAAAGAACACGGCUGGAAGUCGGGCUACUAUCCCUCUUAUACCUUUUUGGAAAUUUGCAGGUCUAUCCCAGUCGGUGACACCUUAUUCGAACGAGCCUGCCUUGCAAAGGAAAAAAGUGAACGCAGCUUGAUCCUUCGCGAAAGAAAGGACAUUUUUUAUAAGGAAGAAGAAAAUACCAUCACCAUCGAAUUCGGAUCGUGUUCCGCAAGCAGCAGCCCUCUCCAGGUCACAGGCAAUCCCAUGGAAGAUCUCAGCCAAGCUGAAGACACGGACACGAUAAGUAACUGGAAGAACAUUAUACAAUAUUGCAAGGAAAACAACGAGCAGUUUGUGGACGACUCGUUUCCGCCAGCCCCGAAAAGUCUUUAUUACAAUCCGCACUCGUCGGUGGAGACGAAUCCGGUGGUGCAGUGGCGACGGCCGCACGCGAUAACCUGCGAUGGUGGGAACUGCCAUACGUGGACGGUGUUCCGUACGCCGCUGCCGAGUGAUAUCUGCCAGGGUGUGCUGGGCAACUGUUGGCUGCUCAGUGCGCUGGCCGUUCUGGCCGAGAGGGAAGACCUGGUCCGGAAUGUGCUAGUUACCAAAGAAAUAAGUCAACAGGGCGUGUACCAGGUGCGGUUGUGCAAGGACGGCAAGUGGACAACGGUCAUCGUGGAUGAUUUGCUGCCGUGUGACAAGAAGGGCAAUCUGGUGUACUCCCAGGCGAAGCGUAGACAGCUGUGGGUACCGAUAAUCGAGAAAGCGGUCGCCAAGGUUCACGGUUGUUACGAAGCCCUAGUGUCGGGACGUGCCAUUGAAGGACUUGCAACGCUCACCGGAGCACCGUGCGAGAGCAUUCCGCUGCAACCGAGCUCAAUUACACUUCCCAGUGAGGACGAGCUGGACAAGGAUCUCAUAUGGGCCCAGCUGCUCAGUUCCCGGAUGGCGCAGUUCCUGAUGGGUGCCAGCUGCGGCGGUGGAAACAUGAAGGUCGACGAAGCUGAAUACCAAAGCAAAGGACUUCGACCUCGGCACGCAUAUUCGGUGCUGGACGUGAAAGACAUUCAAGGACAUCGGCUGCUGAAGCUUCGCAACCCGUGGGGUCAUUUCUCCUGGCAGGGUGAUUGGUCGGAUGUUUCCGAGUGUUGGUCCGACGAGCUGCGUAAUAUUCUCAUCCCGCACGGUGGUUCCGAGGGUGUGUUUUGGAUUUCCUUCGAGGACGUCUUGAAGUACUUUGAUUGCAUCGAUAUUUGUAAAGUGCGAAGCGGGUGGAGCGAGGUGCGACUGCUGGGGACGCUGCAACCGCUUUGCGCCACUUCCUGUGUGCUGCUGACGGCCCUGGAACCGACCGAAGCCGAAUUCACGCUCUUUCAGGAAGGUCAACGAAACUCGGAAAAGUCCCAGCGCUCUCAGCUGGACCUUUGCAUAGCAGUAUUCAGAACGCGAAACUCGGAAAACUCCAAAGUGGGUCGCCUGGUCGAGCACAGCAAGAGACAAGUACGCGGAUUUGUCGGCUGCCAUAAGAUGCUCGAGCGGGAUCUGUACAUUUUGGUGUGUCUCGCGUUCAACCAUUGGCAUACGGGAAUUGAAGAUCCGUCGCUUUAUCCACAGUGUGUUCUGGCGCUGCACAGUUCGAAAAAUCUGUUCGUCGAACGAAUAGCACCUCCGCCGUAUCUCCUGGCGGACGCCAUUAUAAGCCUUACCCUAACCAAAGGUCAGCGCCACGAAGGUCGUGAAGGCAUGACUACCUUCUAUCUGACCAAAGGCUGGGCCGGUCUGGUGGUUAUGGUGGAGAACCGCCACGAAAAAAAGUGGAUCCACGUCAAGUGUGACUGCCAGGAGAGCUACAACGUGGUCUCGACGCGCGGCGAACUCGUCACGAUCGAUUCGGUGCCGCCGAUGCAGCGACAGGUCGUGAUCGUGCUGACGCAGCUCGAGGGCAGCGGAGGUUUCAGCAUCGCGCACCGGCUCACCCAUAGACUGGCCAAUUCCAGCGGACUGCACGACUGGGGCCCACCAUCGGCCACCCAUUGUCCACCUAUUGAUAACGUGACUGACCUGCACGCACCACGUAUGAUAGUAUAGUUAAAUGCAAAGUGAAAAACCAAUUCAAGCAAGAUAACAAGAAAAAAACAGACACACAACAAAAAAUUGUAACGACAUUCUUGUGGCGAGGAGAUGUUAUGUUUAUGUUUAGUCAUUUCGCGGUAUGUACUGUUUUCCCCCCAGAAUGAGAAGAAAACCGGAGAUUACUUAGCAAAAAUGUGAGAUUAAGUUCGUAGUAAGUAAAGCAAGUAUUCCAAAAUGCUCAACUCAUCACAACUCACACACUAAAUAGCUCAAGGCUUUCUGAGGAUUCCAGAGAGUGUUUUUGGUUGUGGCAAGUUCACAAAAACGAUUGAUUUUGGCGGUUCUCAACCUUAACAAAGAUUAACAAAUCUAGAGUUUUUUGAAAAGGUCCAAUAAGCUAUUGUGUUUCAUAUGUUUUUAGGACCCAUUCAAAAAAAAAACUCUAGAAAUCUAAGAAAUGGCAAUUUAAAGACAACAGAUUUUUAAAAACUUCUCCUUGUUUCGUAAAAAAAAUCAUUUCCGGAAUAAUUUUUUUGCGGGAUUUCCUAUCUAGAUCUAGAUAUUCUUCCUUUUUCUUCGGGAGAGUUGAUCCAAACCUAACAGUUUCUUUUCACCUUACGUUUUGACGAUUUCCCCAUACAAACUUCGAGGAAAUUCCCUUUUUAGACCUCUUGAUCGGAUAGCGUCUUGCUGCGAUAUAGCCUUGAUAUAAAUUUUCUCAAAACGAGUUUUUUCAGUGACACCUAAUAAAAUAAUAUGUAAUUAAAAAAAGCCGUCA